AUGUACGAGGGCAAGUGGACCGCCCUCACGGUCCGCAAGACCUUCUUCGAAUACUUCGAGCAGAGAGGGCACACCAUAGUGCCUUCCUCCUCCGUCGUCCCUCACAAUGACCCGACGCUGCUGUUCACCAACGCUGGUAUGAACCAGUUCAAGCCCAUCUUCCUUGGCACCGUCAACAAGAGCGACCCAAUGGCUUCCUGGAAACGCGCGGCCGACUCCCAGAAGUGCAUUCGCGCCGGUGGCAAGCACAACGACCUUGACGAUGUCGGCAAGGACAGCUAUCACCACACCUUCUUUGAGAUGCUGGGCAACUGGUCCUUCGGCGACUACUUCAAGAAGGAGGCUGUCCAGAUGUCAUGGGAGCUGCUGACCAAAGUAUACGGCCUUGACCCCUCGAGGCUGUAUGUUACCUACUUUGAGGGCAACGCGGACAUGAACCUUGAGCCCGACUUGGAGGCCAAGGAGCUUUGGAAGUCCGUCGGCGUGCCCGAGGACCACAUCUUGCCAGGAAACAUGAAGGACAACUUCUGGGAGAUGGGCGACCAAGGCCCCUGCGGUCCUUGCUCCGAGGUUCACUACGACAAGGUGGGAGGCCGAAAUGCUGCCCACCUCGUCAACCAGGAUGACCCCCUCGUGGUUGAGAUCUGGAACAAUGUGUUCAUGCAGUACGACAGGCAAAAGGAUAAGAGCUUGAAGUCGCUCCCUGCAAAGCACAUCGAUACUGGCAUGGGAUACGAGCGUCUUGUCUCCGCGCUGCAGGACAAGAUCUCCAACUACGCCACCGAUGUGUUCACACCGCUCUUCGCCAAGAUACAAGAGGUCACGGGGGCAAGACCAUACGAGGACAAGUACGGCAAAGACGAUGUUGAUGGCAUCGACACUGCCUACCGUGUCGUCGCCGACCAUAUCAGAUUGCUCACCUUCGCCAUCGCCGACGGCGCGGUCCCAAACAACGAAGGAAGAGGAUAUGUCGUCCGAAGAGUACUGCGGAGAGGCUCACGGUAUGCCCGCAAGUACUUCAAUGUUGAGAUCGGGUCUUUCUUCUCCAAGAUUCUGCCGGCUCUCGUCGCGCAGAUGGGCGAACAAUUCCCCGAAAUUGUCAAGAAGGAGAAGGACAUUGCCGAGAUUCUCGACGAGGAGGAAGUCGCCUUUGCCAAGACGCUGGAUCGCGGCGAGAAACAGUUUGAGAAGUUCGUCACGGACCUUGAAAAGAAGGGCGAGAAGAAGCUCUCUGGUCUCCAGGUCUGGAGGCUGUAUGAUACUUACGGUUUCCCUGAGGAUCUCACAAAAUUGAUGAGCGAGGAGCGAGGCCUGGAGCCGACUGACGAGGCUGACCUUGCUAAGGCCAGGGAUGAGGCGCGCGAGGCCAGCAAGCAGGUUAAGGACAAGGCGCAGACAUUCCCCAAGCUCAAUGUGCACCAGAUCGCGGAGCUCGAGAGCCAGCACAACCUGCCCAGGCCGGAUUCCGAACCCAAAUACGGCAAGGGAGACAUCACUGCGACCGUACAGUUAAUAUUCACUGGCGAGAAAUUCGUCAAAUCCACCAAGGAUAUACCGACAGAGACACCGCUCGGUCUGAUCCUCGACAGGACAAACUUCUACGCUGAGUCUGGUGGUCAGGUUGCCGAUACCGGCCGGAUCCUUGUGGACGAUGAUGUCGCCGAGUUCAAGGUCCAGGACGUACAAGAGUACGGCGGCUACGUUGUGCACAUUGGCUACUUUGACCACGGCUCGCUGUCCGCGGGUGACAAGGUCACCUGCGAGUAUGACGAGCUCCGUCGUCAGCCCAUCCGCAACAACCACACAGGCACGCACAUUCUCAACCACUCCCUCAGGGAAGUUCUGGGUGACGAUGUCAACCAGAAGGGCUCGCUCGUGGACGAUGACAAGCUGAGGUUUGACUUCAGCCACAAGCAGGGUGUCACGAACGCGGAGCUCAAGAAGAUCGAGGAUGGCUCCAAUGCGUACAUCCGUCAGAACUGCAAGAUCUACUACAAGGAUGUGGACCUCAACGCUGCGAAGCAGAUCGAGGGUGUUCGUGCUGUGUUCGGAGAGACAUAUCCCGACCCUGUCCGCGUAGUGAGCGUGGGCAUCGACGUGGACACUCUACUAGAGAAUCCCAAGAAUCCCGAGUGGAGGAAGGUCAGCGUCGAAUUCUGCGGCGGUACCCAUGUGGACCAGACCGGAAUCAUCAAAGAUCUGGUCAUUGUUGAAGAGAGCGGCAUCGCAAAAGGAAUCCGAAGAAUCGUCGCCUACACCGGCGAUGCGGCACAUGCUGUGCAGCGGAUCGCGCGCGAGUUCGCCGCCAGGCUCGAGCAGCUCGACAAGCUGCCCUUUGGGCCGGAGAAGGAAGACCAGGUCAAGAAGACAGGCGUGGAUCUCAACCAGCUCACCGUUUCCGUGCUCGACAAGGAGGACCUCAGGGCCACGUACGCCAAGAUCCAGAAGGGUGUCGCGGAGGAGCAGAAGAAGCGCCAGAAGGCCGAGAGCAAGACCGCCCUUGACACUGUAACGGGUCACUUCGCCAAGCCCGAGAACAAGGAAGCGACGUGGUUUGUCGGACAGUUGCCCAUCAGCGCCAACAUGAAGGCCGUCAGCGAUGUGAUGACACAUUUCAAGAGCAAGGACAAGACCAAGAGCGUCUACGUCUUUGGGGGGUCCAAGGAGUCAGGCGUGGUACAUGGUGUCUAUGUUGGAACCGACCUGGCUUCCAAGGGCAUCACCGCAGAGAAGUGGUCCACUACGGUCACGGAGAUCAUUGGCGGAAAGGCGGGAGGAAAGGAGCCCACACGCCAGGGUGCGGGAACGCAGCCUGAGAAGAUCGAGGAUGCGGUCAAGAAGGCCGAGGAGUGGCUGGUUGCAGAGAUGGAAAAGCUCAAGGUCUGA